CGGCCCCGGCUCGCCAGCCGGGUCACAGAGGAGAGCAGGGAUCAGCGGGCGGCUGGCGACGCUGGCAGGAUGGGGAACCGGGAGAUGGAGGAGCUGAUCCCGCUGGUGAACCGUCUGCAGGACGCCUUCUCGGCGCUGGGACAGAGCUGCCUGCUGGAGCUGCCGCAGAUCGCCGUGGUGGGCGGCCAGAGCGCGGGCAAGAGCUCGGUGCUCGAGAACUUCGUGGGCAGGGACUUUCUCCCUCGAGGGUCGGGCAUCGUAACCAGACGGCCUCUUGUGCUGCAGCUUGUUACUUCCAAAGCAGAAUAUGCUGAAUUUCUACAUUGCAAAGGAAAAAAAUUUACAGACUUUGAUGAAGUUCGCCAUGAGAUUGAAGCAGAAACAGAUCGAGUGACUGGAAUGAAUAAAGGCAUUUCCUCCAUACCCAUAAAUUUACGAGUCUAUUCUCCACAUGUGUUAAAUCUCACACUUAUCGACCUACCUGGAAUUACUAAAGUGCCCGUGGGAGAUCAGCCACCAGAUAUUGAGUAUCAGAUCAGAGAAAUGAUUAUGCAGUUCAUUACACGGGAGAACUGUCUGAUUUUGGCUGUUACCCCAGCCAACACUGAUCUUGCAAACUCAGAUGCGUUGAAGCUAGCUAAAGAAGUUGAUCCUCAAGGUUUAAGAACCAUUGGAGUCAUCACCAAAUUGGAUCUUAUGGAUGAAGGAACAGAUGCCAGGGAGGUUCUAGAGAAUAAGCUGCUGCCUCUUCGCAGGGGUUAUGUGGGGGUGGUAAACAGAAGCCAGAAGGAUAUAGACGGGAAGAAGGACAUUAAGGCUGCCAUGUUGGCCGAAAGGAAAUUUUUUCUCUCACACCUGGCUUAUAGACACAUUGCUGACCGGAUGGGGACCCCACACCUGCAGAAGGUCCUUAAUCAGCAACUUACCAACCACAUUCGAGAUACCCUGCCAAACUUCAGGAACAAGCUACAGGGACAGUUGCUCUCCAUAGAACAUGAAGUGGAAGCCUACAAAAACUUCAAGCCAGAGGACCCCACCAGGAAGACCAAAGCAUUGCUGCAGAUGGUUCAGCAGUUUGCUGUGGACUUCGAGAAGAGAAUUGAAGGGUCAGGGGAUCAAGUAGAUACCCUGGAACUCUCAGGAGGGGCUAAAAUCAAUCGUAUAUUCCAUGAACGCUUUCCUUUUGAGAUAGUAAAGAUGGAGUUCAAUGAAAAGGAAUUGCGAAGAGAAAUAAGCUAUGCAAUCAAAAACAUACAUGGUAUCAGGACAGGGUUGUUUACUCCAGACAUGGCAUUUGAAGCGAUAGUCAAAAAACAAAUAGUAAAGCUGAAAGGACCUUCCUUGAAGAGUGUAGAUCUGGUCAUACAAGAAUUAAUCAACACUGUCAAGAAGUGUACCAAAAAACUGGCAAACUUCCCCAGACUCUGUGAGGAAACAGAAAGGAUUGUUGCCAACCACAUUCGUGAACGAGAAGGGAAGACAAAGGACCAGGUACUGCUCUUGAUUGAUAUCCAAGUCUCCUACAUCAACACCAACCACGAAGAUUUCAUUGGGUUUGCAAAUGCUCAGCAGAGGAGCAGUCAGGUUCACAAGAAAAACACAGUUGGAAAUCAGGGAACCAAUCUUCCGCCUUCAAGGCAAAUUGUGAUUCGCAAGGGGUGGCUAACCAUCAGCAACAUCGGCAUCAUGAAAGGAGGCUCGAAGGGAUACUGGUUUGUCCUUACUGCUGAAAGCUUGUCCUGGUACAAAGAUGAUGAGGAAAAAGAAAAGAAGUAUAUGCUCCCUUUGGACAACCUGAAAGUUCGAGAUGUGGAAAAGAGCUUUAUGUCUAGCAAGCACAUCUUUGCACUUUUUAAUACAGAACAAAGGAAUGUAUACAAAGACUAUCGCUUCCUUGAGCUGGCAUGUGACUCGCAGGAGGAUGUAGACAGCUGGAAGGCAUCUCUGCUAAGAGCUGGGGUUUAUCCUGAUAAGUCUUUAACUGAAAAUGAUGAGAAUGGCCAAGCAGAAAACUUUUCCAUGGACCCACAAUUGGAGAGGCAAGUGGAGACCAUCCGCAACCUUGUAGACUCCUACAUGUCUAUCAUCAACAAAUGUAUCCGAGAUCUAAUUCCAAAAACAAUAAUGCACCUUAUGAUCAAUAAUGUUAAAGAUUUCAUAAACUCAGAGCUCCUAGCACAGUUAUAUUCCUCAGAGGACCAAAAUACCCUGAUGGAGGAAUCUGCUGAGCAGGCUCAGCGCCGGGAUGAGAUGCUUCGAAUGUACCAAGCCCUUAAAGAAGCCCUGGUGAUCAUUGGCGACAUCAACACUGCCACCACGUUUACCCCGGCACCACCUCCUGUGGAUGACUCCUGGAUACAGCAUUCCCGCAGGUCCCCCCCGCCAAGCCCCACCACCCAGAGGCGGCCGACGCUGAGCGCUCCCCUCACGCGGCCCGCGUCAGGCCGAGGGCCCGCGCCCGCCAUCCCCUCCCCCGGCCCGCACUCGGGGGCGCCCCCGGUGCCCUUCAGGCCCGGCCCGCUCCCCCCUUUCCCAAGCAGCAGCAGCAGCGAGUGGUUCGGGGCGCCCCCGCAAGUUCCCUCCCGGCCCACGAGGGCCCCGCCCAGCGUCCCCAGCCGGAGACCACCCCCAUCACCAACUCGUCCCACUAUAAUCCGUCCACUAGAAUCCUCCCUGUUAGACUAA